CAUUUUAUCAUUUAGAAUGUUCUUAAAAGGAAUAGCAGGCAUUUACCAAUGUAGAUGGCUUUAUUCGUGAGUGGUCAAUGAGUCAUUAAAAUAGAGAGCCGUACUAUUAUAAACUACUAGUUAAAACUUACCGCUAAUAUCUGCUGUUUAGAGAAACACACAAUUGAUGCCUUUAUACUCUAACUGUGACCUGUAUUAUCGACCGUCCAUAAAAUAUGGAACAGUUAAGACAUGUAAAACACAUACUAGAGUGUUGUACACGGACAUGAAGUAAUAAUUUGUAACAUUUUGGCAAAUGUUUGCGGUAACACUGUACUGUCCCUUUAAGAGAAUCUGCGCUCUCCCGUGAACGACGAACACGUUGUGUCAGAUGAUCGCCGUUGACCACGACACCCCGGCUGCUCUGCCGCUGUGUGGGAGGGGGAGUUGCUCGGAGCUGGUGAGCCGGGGUAUCGCGUCUCUCGGCUCAGCUCCGCGGAUUCUUGCUAGCAGUGGAUCAAUCGCAGCCAUCGCAGCUGGCCACGAGAAUGACAUAUAUCUGCGAUCUUUGUGGCAGCUGCUUCCUUUGGUAAAUAAGAAAUGAUCAACUGCAGCCGCUGACAUGUCUGCUACUGCUGCAGGGAGAUGUUCUCUGAGCUGCCGUUAGUAAACAUAAGGCCUGUGACUGUGCAGAGCUGUCACAUUCCGUGGACACGUUCAUGGGUGUUUUUGACGAGGCAAGUCCAGUUUAUGAAUGGGUUCAACGUCGGAUCUGGAUCGCAUGUGAUGUGACAGCCGGGCACUACAGCUCCUGUUUUUUAGUAGACCACCAAUAACGAUAGUUUUAGCUACGGCACCCUUUUCUAACACAUUACUACAGUGUUGUUACUGCCCUGUCAAAGCAUCAGCCAUCCCUGUGAAGACAGACAAUAGCUAUGGCUGAUCAAGAUCUUUGUCCUCACCUGGACUCUAUAGGAGAGGUAACCAAAGAGGACCUCCUCCAGAAAUCCAAGGGAACCUGUCAGUCAUGUGGAGCAGGUGGCCCUAACCUGUGGGCCUGUCUGCAGAAUGACUGUCCAUAUGUCGGUUGCGGCGAGUCCUUCUCUGACCACAGCACCCUGCAUGCACAGGCUAAAAGACACAACCUCACCGUUAACCUGACCACAUUCAGAAUCUGGUGUUACGUGUGCGAGCGGGAGGUGUUCCUGGAGCCACGACCCGCCUUGGUGCCGGUACCUACACACCCCCAUCAAUGCAGAGCGACAGAGCAGGAAGCGACGUCUCUGCCGGCAGGUCACCCUGUUAAAGGAGUUCCUCUUGCUGUGGCGGAGGACGAAGGUUCAGAGUCAGAUGAUGAUGAGCUUAAACCAAAGGGCUUGACAGGAAUGAAGAACAUUGGAAACUCCUGCUACAUGAACGCUGCUCUUCAGGCCCUCUCUAACUGUCCUCCUCUCACACAGUUCUUUCUGGACUGCAGUGGGCUGGUCCGCACCGAUAAGAAACCCGCUCUCUGUAAGAGCUACCAGAAACUCAUCUCAGAACUCUGGCAUAAAAAACGGCCCAGCUACGUGGUCCCUACCAGUUUGUAUCACGGCAUCAAACUCGUAAACCCCAUGUUUCGUGGUUAUGCUCAGCAGGACACUCAGGAGUUCCUGCGCUGUCUAAUGGACCAGUUACAUGAGGAGCUGAAGGAGCCGCUGACGGAGUACAGCAUGGGCAGUGAAGGCAGCGACGUGGAGGACAGAAGAGACGGUGACCGCUCACCUUCUGAAGAUGAAUUCCUGUCCUGUGACUCCGGCUCCAGCAGCGAUCGGGGCGAGGGAGGAGGUGCGGGUGACGGCGAGCUGCUCGUGCAGGAUGACUUGGACGGGGUGAGGUCGCUGACAGUGGGGCUGGCCGACGUCAGUCCCGGUGGGGUCAUCUCGGAGAAAGAGAGGCUGAAGGAACGAAGAGUGUCUGGCUCCUCGCUCCGGGGAGGCUCUCAAGAGAUGGAUGAAGAUGCCGAUGUGGACACCGCGGCCUCCGAGGAGGUUCCCCAAAGGAGAGAAGAAGAAGAAAAAGAAGAUUCAACACCAACUACAAUCAUGGACGCUCAAAACCAAGAGAACAACCAGACUAACAAUGGACCGGAACAGAGCAGCAACACCGCAGAGCCAGACAAUGAGGCGUCAAUGACCCAGACCCAGUCCAUACCCUGCAGUCCUGUGCGAACACUUCAAGAACUCCAUUCCAAACUGUCCUCCAGCCCACCUCGCUCCAGCCAACUUCGUGCGGGAGGACCGGUGUACUCUUUCAAAAAAGCUCAGCUGCUGCUCGGCUUCAGGAAAAAGAAACAGUUGCACUAUCGCAGUGUGAUCUCUGACAUCUUCGAUGGUUCCAUCCUCAGUCUGGUCCAGUGUUUAACCUGUGACAGCGUGUCGAACACAGUUGAAACCUUCCAAGACCUGUCCCUCCCUAUCCCUGGUAAAGAGGACUUGGCCAAACUCCACUCCUCCAUCCAUCAGAACCUUCCCGUUAAGGCCACAGGGUGUCCUGACUCUUACGGAUCACAGGGCUGGAUCUCCUACAUCAUGGACUCCAUACGCAGAUUUGUUGUCUCCUGUAUUCCAAGUUGGUUCUGGGGGCCCAUGGUAACACUAGAGGACUGUCUCGCUGCUUUCUUUGCUGCAGAUGAACUUAAAGGUGACAACAUGUACAGCUGUGAGAGGUGUAAAAAGCUGAGAAAUGGUGUAAAAUAUUGCAAAGUGCUGCGACUUCCAGAGAUUCUGUGCAUUCACCUAAAGCGUUUCCGACACGAGGUCAUGUAUUCGUUCAAGAUCAACAGUCAUGUAUCCUUUCCACUGGAGGGACUUGACAUGCGACCGUUUCUGGCUAAGGAGAGUCAAUCUGAAGUCACCACUUAUGACCUUCUGUCAGUUAUUUGUCACCAUGGAACGGCAGGAAGUGGACACUACAUAGCAUACUGUCAGAACGUAAUAAAUGGGCAGUGGUACGAGUUUGACGAUCAGUAUGUCACAGAAGUCCACGAGACGGUUGUGCAGAAUGCAGAGGCCUAUGUCUUGUUCUACAGGAAAAGCAGUGAGGAGUCGGUGAGAGAAAGACAGAAAGUGGUGGCUUUGGCCAACAUGAAGGAGCCCAGCCUGCUGCAGUUUUACAUCUCCAGAGAAUGGCUCAACAUGUUCAACACAUUCACAGAACCAGGCCCCAUCAGCAACCACACAUUUCUAUGUCAGCAUGGCGGAAUCCCUCCUAAUAAAUACCACUAUGUAGAUGACCUGGUUGUGAUAGUCCCCCAGAAUGUGUGGGAGUACCUUUAUAACAGAUUUGGCGGCGGCCCUGCAGUCAACCACCUGUACAUGUGUGCCAUCUGCCAGGUGGAGAUAGAAGCUCUGGCUAAACGAAGAAAAAUGGAAAUAGACACCUUCAUCAAGCUCAACAAAGAGUUUCAGGCUGAAGAGGCUCCAACAGUGAUUCUGUGCAUCAGCAUGCAGUGGUUCAGGGAGUGGGAGAGUUUCGUGAAAGGCAAAGACAACGAGCCGCCUGGUCCGAUUGACAACAGCAGAAUCGGUGUCAUGAAAGGAGGACAAUUACAACUCAAACAGGGUGCAGACUAUGGGCAGAUCUCAGAGGAGACGUGGCAGUAUUUACUGGGUAUUUACAGUGGUGGCCCUGAGAUCGCAGUGAGACAGACGGUGGCUCCCGCAGACAGUGACAGCCUCCACGGAGAGAGGAAAAUUGAGGCUGAGACCAGAGCACUUUGAGGGAAAGACAGAGGUCUUCUGAUUCCAAUUUCCACUCCUGCCCUCACAAGAAGCUGAGGAAUUUGCACCGUGAUGAAGAAGCCCUGGAUGUGGGCACUUUGUAAACGCAGCAGAGUAUCGAGCUCAAUCCCUGCAGAAGGCUGUGAAGUGGCACAUGACAAUUUGACAUAGUUUUAUUUCUUGGAUCACUCGGAUCCUCAGUGUUACGGUGUUACAACAGCGCAGUGUUGAUUGGCUGUGGCCUAUCAGUAGCUGCUGUUUAGUGACUGAUCUGUGUUGCACAGAGCCGUGAAGUUGGCAGCCACUGGUGCUAUAUAGCAGAGCUGCAGCAGAACGCUCGGUUUUGACAUUUCUUCUUCUCCAGAAACAAACAAACAAAAAAUCAGUAGACAAAAAAAAAAGUGUUUUUGUGCCUGUUACGUACAGGAACAAGUUCUGACAUCAAGUCAGUCACAAACACAUUUUGCAAUUGAAAAAGAUUCCCAGGAAUGGACGACAUUAUUUUCUUUCUUUUUUUUUUUACUUUGUUUUUUAAAUUAUUAUUAAGAUUGCAUGCAGCGUUAAAUCCACUUUUUGACCGUGGACAGAAAAUACCACACCAUGGACACUCAUUCAGAGUCCGCAGUUACAAUGCAAAGAGCAAGUGUUUUGUAAAUGUACGUGUAAUUCAAUCACUGCUAGGAAAAUAACUGCAAACAAAGAAAAGUGAAAAAUAUUGACAGUCAGGUUGUGAAGAACCAACAAAAACAAUGUUCAAAAUCAUUUAACUAGGAUCAGUGAGAAAAUAAAAGAAAUAAAUGUAGAUUUACAAACAAUGCCGUCUGUGGUCAAACAUAAGGAGGGCAGCAUAAAAAUGUGACAUUUGCCGAGAAAGAAGGAAAAUAUGUUGAGUUACAAAUUCAUAAAAACUUACCACUGGAAAAAUGGGUUGCAUUAAAGGGAAACACGUGAAACAUUUGCCAUGAAAUUGGCAAUGUGUCUGUUGAAAUGGUAUAAACUUGGUCAGCAUAACAGUGAGUGUCAGAGAUAGGAAGUUAAGGAAGGAGUUGUUGCUGCACCUCACUCUCAGAGGCAACCUUCUGCACAGAUCGUAUCUGCUACCACAUUUCAGAUCCAGCACAGAGAUUAAAUAAAUAAACCACAGGAAAUUAUACAUUUUUUUUAACAUGUCACAAUUAAUGGCUCAACAAAAAAUUAAAAAAUAAACAACACAUACUGUAUCAUUUUUGUAUGCCUUUUUACUUAUUGGUUCAUUUAUACGUAAAUAUUAAUUAUUUUUAAUAUUCAAAGACUUGAGACCAAAUCACCACCUCAGAUGUUUUUUAAAUUAUUGUUGUUUUUUUCAACGACUACUACAGAGACCCAGUUGGCAGUGUGAGUUCCAGUGCAGCGUCUGUAUCACAGGUGAAGAAAGAACGACUGACCAAAACUGUUCUCAAGUGAUUAACACAGCUACAGCUGCCAUGUGAGAUUUAACCGCAGCUUCGUUCUCUCCUGCAAACCGCUGCAAGUUACGACCCGAAAUUUAAUGAAGAAUUAAAACAUGACGUACAACCGUCAUCCCAUCUUGAAAUAAACACCAAGUACUCACGGUGCCACGGCAGAGUCGCACUUCUGUUCUAAGAUCUCUAACCAGCGUUUCGUUUUCUGAGCUCGACACGGGCCAUGUCAAAUCAAGACAGACAGGGAAACCCUCUGUAAGCGUUGUCAGUCGUGCACAAGAUGUUAAGUCUGGAGUUUAGUGGUAAAAUACCUGAACAUUACAUAUACUGUGUGACAUUAAUUUUCCUAGCACUAUGUUUUAUGUACUGAUUUGAAAAUAACUUCAUUUUAUGACUUUAACAAUGUAAGGUUAUACAUUUAUGUCCAUAAUAUACAGUAACUGUAAAAAAAGACUAGAAAUUCAGUAUUUUCAGUGUGAAGCUCAGCAGAUAAUUCAAAGACAAUGAUCAGUGUUUUCUCUUCAUAUUAGCAACAGUACAACUAAGAUAAUGAACACAAAAUUCUGCUGCACCUUUAAACCCGAGAACCUGAGAUUAUGAUGUUUCACUUUUGGCGGGUUAAAUCAGGUUUUUCAAAUUAAGUGUCUCACUGUUUGGUAUAAUGUUGGUAAGUUUAGUCGAAAUAAGUUCUUUUUAGAUAAAUUAUUAAAUCAUCUUCUUUUAAAAUACAAAUUUGGAAAGCAAAAGGGAACAUUUUAAUCAGAUCUUCAAUUUACAUUUCAUUUUUUUUCAUUUAUUUAUUUUUAAUUAAUAAUAAAAAUUCAGACAAAUUUGUCCUACUCAGAUUAAAACACUUGUUUGUUGGUUUGUUUUUUUUAACCAAAUGUUCAGUCUGUAUCUGAGACAAUAAACGCUGGUGAUAUCUGUGUACUAUAAUGUAAAACAAUGAAGUAUUGGGGAGAAUACGUGCAGUAUUAGAAGACUAAUAGUUGUGCAGUCAUCAUCAGAACUACUGAAUCAUGGCUUGUGACUGCAAAGUUCAGAAGUUUUGGGAAUUUUGUGUGGAAAGAAUUUUUCACUGGAAAAAACAGUUUGCUGUGAGAGCGCGUCACGUCAGUGAUAUCACCCUGCAUUCACUGGCUUUUGUUUUCAGUAUAACUGAGUCGUGUUCUGCUCAUGGCAACAGUCAACGUGCGGAAAUGUGGGAUUUAAGUGAUUGACGUCAAUGUCAAAUGUCAAAUGUCUGUGUUAAUGACAUAAUUAUUCAGGACUGGUAAAAAUGAAUAAAUCAGCUUGUUCUUUGU